CUGGGGGCAUCUAGAACCCUGAGGGGUCCUGGCCUCAGCGCCACCUGCCAGCAAGGCCACCUGGUCGGUCAGUUCCUCCUGAGACCAGCCUUCAAAGACACGAUGCGAACGCGCCUGCCACCAGGAGCCGUUCCUGCCUAGGGCCGCCCAGGUCCCAGCCGCUCUGCUGACCUGCCUCGGAGCCUCCCAUUGCAGCCACUUCCAUUCCAACCUGGCCACGGGCCCCUGGGAGGCCCCGGAGAUGCCCAAAGGCCUCCCAUCGGCCAUCCCCAGCGGGACCUAGUUCACUCAGCACAGGAGGAGGAGGGAGGGCGGGGUGGCCAUGGGGCGGCAGCGGCGGGCCCUGGCCCUGCGGGCGGUCAAGGCCUCCCUGGUCCUGCUGGCGCUGCUGGUGCCCUCGCAGGCGCUGGUGCGGGCCGUGCUGGACGGCAACGCGAGCUCGGUGGACUUCGCGGACUUGCCGGCCAUGUUCGGGGCGCCCCUGGCCCCCGAGGGCGUGCAGGGCUACCUGAUGGAGGCCAAGCCGGCCAACGCAUGCCACCCCAUCGAGCGCCCGCGGCGGGUGGGCAACGGCUCCCUGGACGCCAUCGUGCUCAUUCGUCGCUACGACUGCACGUUUGACCUGAAGGUGCUGCACGCCCAGCAGGCCGGCUUCAAGGCCGCCAUCGUGCACAACGUCUUCUCGGACGACCUGGUGCGCAUGGCCCACGUGUACGAGGACCUGCGGCGCCAGAUCUCCAUCCCCGCCGUGUUCGUGAGCGAGGCCGCCGCGCAGGACCUGCGAGUCAUCAUGUGUUGCGACAAGUCCGCCCAGGUCCUCCUGUUGCCCAACUACCCGCCGUGCCCCGACCUGGACUGCCACCCCGUGCUGGCCAUCUCCUGGGUCCUGGGCCGCACCCUGGCCCUGCUCAUGUCCACCUUCUUCCUCCUCCGCCACCUGUGGAGCUGGCUGCGGUCCAGGUGGGCCUGCGGGCCCGCCGCGGUCAAGAAGCCGGCCUGCCGGAAGGCCCAGGUCCGGACCUUCACGCGGCUCAACGACGUGUGCGCCAUCUGCCUGGACGAGUACGAGGAGGGCGAGCAGCUCAAGAUCCUGCCCUGCUCCCACACGUAUCACUGCAAGUGCAUCGACCCCUGGUUCUCCCAGGCCGCCCAGCGCGCCUGCCCCGUGUGCAAGCAGUCGGUGGCCAGCACCGAGGACAGUUCCGACUCCACCAUCGACAGCUUCUGCGAUGAGGACCCCUCCCUGCGUGGCCACCACACCCCCAUCUGGGCCAUCCAGGCCCGGCUGCGCUCCCGGAGGCUGGAGCUGCUGGCCCGAGCCAGCCCGCACCACUCCUGCGCUGCCGCCUCCGUGGGGGUGGCCGAGGCUGCGGAGUCCUCCGAGGGGCCCCCAGACCCGCUCUGAGGCCCACGGACCCUGGCUGGCAAAGAGCGGGGUGGGGAGGGGAGCAAUAAGUGUUUCUAGUCUGGAGAGAAUAAAAAUGGGUUUGAAAGCA